AUGCAAUCCGACAUGGAUGUUGACUCGGAUGGUUACUCAACAGUAUCUGAGAACGUAACCUCUGACACAAGUGUCCAUGAUGACGAAGAAUUCAAUGAUGCUUCAAUCACCCGAUCCAUCAACAACUCUGGGAGUUAUGACAGCGAGACGGACAGCUACAGCAAUGAUAGUAUCGGUCAGGAAUCGGAGAUGGACGAUUCUUUAAGUAACAGUGACAUGAGUGAGUCCUCAUGCACAGGAGAUGAAACACAAGAGAACAUGACAUCCACCGUGAACAAUUCAUUUGAAACUGGGUACUUAACAACUAUGAACACCAGUGUGUCAAGUUCAGACUCUUCGUCUGAUGUAGCUGCCGAGUGGGACGUCACAAACUCGUCCCAGGAUGACAGAGGAGGAACAGUUGAAUAUUCUCAGAGAUCAAGCAUUCCGCGAGCGUCCCUGGACCACGGAGGAGUGCUCCAUAUGCUUCGAGGCGAUCCGCCGCGAGCAAGAGGUGAUGACCCUGCCGUGCACCCACCACUUCCACCAGGGGUGCAUCCUGCCCUGGCUCCAGGAGCAGCAGACCUGCCCCAACUGCCG